AUGCCCCACACGCCAGUCUCUCUGUUAACAACAUUCGACGAAACUUCUCAAGAUCGUAACAGUGUAGUUUUAAUGGCUUUAUCUUUUGGUUACUUACAAAGAGACAACAGUUUCAAGAAAGAUUCACAAGAAUGUGAAACACCGAGAGUUCUGAAUAACCCAGUAAACAUGUUUCUUGAGAAGACUCUAUCCUUCAAGAAUUUGGUUGACCAGGGGAACCAAUACAAAGAUGAGAGUUUCGGGGUCAAAACGAGAAAAGGUAUAAACUUGAAGGGUCCUAAACCGGAUAACAUGAUUCUUGAGAGGAGUCUCUCCUUCACGAGUCUAGUCCAAGUAGAGAACAUAGAAGAAGACGACGACGAAAGAGGCUCGCCUCUUAAACGAAGGAACAAGGGUAAAAUGGGAAUCAUAGGGAAUCUAACGGCGUUAAGUGUACCUGCACCGAAGCCGUUCUGGUCUCCUAGGCCGUCGACGGAGCUUGACGCUGCCGCCGUGACGUUACAAAAGGUUUACAAGAGUUAUCGAACGCGUCGAAAUCUUGCUGACUGUGCAGUUGUUGUUGAAGAAUUAUGGUGGAAAGAAUUGGAAUUGGCAGCAUCGGUACCGAACCGUACUAACCAAAAAACAGAGACGGCUGUGUCGAGGUGGGCAAGAGCUGGAACAAAAGCAGCAAAGUUAGGGAAGGGAUUAUUGAAAGAUGAUAAAGCCCAGAAGCUAGCAUUGCGACAUUGGUUAGAAGCCAUUGACCCACGUCAUCGGUACGGACAUAAUUUACACCUAUACUAUGAUGUCUGGUUAGACAUUGGAGAUGGCAAAGAAGUGAAUCUCACCAAAUGUCCAAGAACUCUUCUUCAACGCCAAUGCAUCACUUACCUUGGUCCGAAAGAAAGACAAGCGUACGAAGUUGUAGUGGAAGGAGGGAGACUAGUCAACCGACAAAACAAGAACUUCAUUGAGACCAUAGAAGGAACCAAAUGGAUUUUCGUGUUGAGCACGGCAAGAAAAUUAUACAUUGGUCAGAAACAAAAAGGCCGGUUUCAGCAUUCGAGUUUUCUCUCCGGUGCUGCCAUCAUUGCCGCCGGUAGAAUUGUCUCACACGACGGAGUUUUAGAAGCUGUGUGGCCCUACAGUGGUCAUUAUCUUCCAACAGAAGAGAAUUUUCGAGAAUUUAUCGAUUUCUUGAGAGAAAACCAUGUGGAUCUCACCAACGUCAAGCUAAAUGCGAUUGACGAUGAUAAUUAUAUGGUCUCCAAAGAUGGAAGCACUAAGCCGUCGAUAUCUGACGGUGGAGAUGAAACUAAGGGCGCCACGAUUAAUGUGGCGACGGAGGUGGAUGACUUCAGGGAACAGACACGCUUCCCAUGCAAGUGGAGUACCGGGAAUGGGCCUAGGAUUGGGUGUGUCCGAGACUACCCCAUGGACUUGCAGACUCGAGCACUUGAGCAAGUUAACCUUUCUCCUCGUGUGGUUAACAUGACGAUGGGAUUAUUUGGUCCGAUACCUUCACCAAGACCCAGUCCAAAGAUUCGUGUCUCUCCUAGGCUGUUUUGCAUGGGUCUUCCAAGUCCAAAGAAUUGAUUUUCCAACUUUUUAUUAUUGUUUGAUAUCAUUCAAUUUUUUUUCCUUCCGUGAUCUUGGAUGAUUAUUUAGUUAGGGUACAACUUGUCCCCAUUAAAAGUUCAAAAUAGUUUAGUUUUACCGUUUACAGUUAUAUAACAUGUAACUUUUUUUAUUUAUUUUGUAACAUCC